ACAAGUACACAAUUGUAAGCGUCUUUAAUCUAAAAUUGAGUCUUUAUGUAUCGCGACACUGAUUAGACCCCCCUCGAUCGCGUUUCUAGAUCCUACCUUUCUCAUUCGUAUUUAUUGCCGUGUGUCCAACGUUUCGUGGUCGGAUCGUGCGAGGGAGUUACAUGAAUCUUGACGGGCGGAAGCAUCUGCUUGGUACGUGGGCAGAAAUCAACUGGCAUGCCAACGAGACCGGAUCAACAUGGGGCGACAUCUCGAUACUACAGGGCAACGACGGAGCUGCUACGAUCCAGUCGCUUGACGGCCUUUCCAGGGUUAAAGGGUUUACGCUCGACCUUCUUCUCAACGCACCGGCUGAGGCGUGGGCACAGAAACCAACGGGAUCGUGGUGUCUUGACAGGAUAAUCGGCGAGGAGGCAAAUAAUGCGACAAAGAUGUGGGAAUCGGGUUUCCUGGAUCCAUGGAAUGUGUACCUGGAGAAUGAUAUUGAUCCUGUCAUCAACUCAAACAACGGGAGAUUCCAGGUUACAUUUUAUCCCGGCAUCAUAUAAGUAGACAUGUCGCAUCCACCUAUUUAGAGCUGGAAAAAUAAUAGAAGAUGGUUGAAACUUUCAUUCAUCAUCGUUGAACAUUUGAAUU